UGUUUGUGAAAACGGUUUCGUUGUGUUCGCAGAGCCAACAUGGGAAAAAACCAAGUGACGUUGAAGGCUUUGCAGUCGGAAUAGCGCCACGGGUACGAACGCGCGACCGUACAGGGACGUCCCAGACCAGCUCUUCCAGCGUCACCCGAAACGCGCCCCGGAAAGCAGAGAAAACGGCAAAACGGCUUUAUAAAUAAAAGUGCACCAUCAGCCUGUUCCGGUAGUUCGUUGAGUGUCGUGCUUGCUGCUGGUAAAGUGUUUGACGGAGCAACUGUGUGUGGGUGUGUGUACGUUUGGCAGGAAUGUGGUGCCCUCCGUCUUUGCUGGUGCGAUAGCUGCAACAACUUCUAGCUGACACGAAACGGGGCUGUCAUAGUGACGACGUCUGCUCGCGCCGGCAAGGAUGAUGGUGCGCGUUGAACCACGGUGAGAAGCUGGCAGCACAUCAAAGCCGUCGAUUGUAAGCGCAGCGCCAGCAAGCUGUUGUUACCCUCGGUCACCCUGUUGUCUAGAGGACACACGCAUACACACACAGCUACACCAUCGGAGGAUUGAUUUUCUCCAUCAGCGGCGCCUUAUUUCAGUGAAGGAACACGGCAAGCCGAAGGUUGGCUGUAUCGUUCGUACACGGAACAAAGGGCGAAAGCGAGCUUAUAGCAAAUUGGACGAAUGAACCCGCCCGAGUGAGCGGGUGCGCGCGUGAGUGUGUGGUGUGGAAAACGCUCUCAACCGUGAAUUAGCACGCGAAACAUAAACACACAGGCACGCAGGCACGAGCAACCAACGCAUUAAAGGGAAUAGGGCGUAAAGUCGAACGCGUUAGCACGCACGAGAACCGCGGCGAAGGAGACAAAGAGAGAGAGUGUGUGGGAGUGGGAGAGCGAGAAAGGCCUUCAAGGUGGAAGGAGUCGCACGGGAGCGGAACCACGCACCACGAUGCCACAACAGCGAAAGGCGACGGCGGCGGAAAGACCGAGUGCGGCGCGCCGUACGACGCCCCUAUAGCGGGAGCCGGUAGACGCGGCGGGCGGCCAGCUCAACCCGAUGGAGACCGGUGCGGAGUACGGUCACGCCGCCGGCCUCCACCAUCAUCUGCCCCCGCAGCUCGCCAAGGAGCUGUCCCAUCACCAUCACCAACAAGCCCAGCAGCAGCAGCAGCAGCAGCAACAGUCAUCGUCACACCAUCGUAACCAUGCACACCAAUCGCAGCAAUCGCAUCAUGCGAAGUUGCUUCAGCAGCAGCAGCAGCAGCAGCAGCACCAAUCCCAACCCGCCUCCCAACCACACACACUGGCAGCAUGGUACGCUGGUGCGGCGGCCAGUGGGACGCUCCGCUCGGCCAGUUCCGGCCGGCGGGCAUCGUACGGCCACAACCACUACGGUUCACAGCAGCAGCAGCAGCCGACGCUGGCAUUGCCACCGUCGGCAGUCAAUUACCACGACAUGGCCGACACCGUCUCGAUCGGCAGCGGGCACUCGGCACAGCGCUACAUCGAAACGUCGCAUCCGCAACAGCAGCAGCAGCAGCAGCAGCAGCAUCAACAUGCACUGCGGGGAGAGACCGCGACACUGGGCCGGGGCAGUGUCGGCGGGCUGCUGAUCGAUCGGCACGGCAGCACGGACCGGUUCGGUGCACUGGACGAUCCGCUCAGCACGGCCUGCCUGCAGCCACCGUCGCCGGCACCGAGCAACGACCACUACGUGAUGGGACUGCCAGCGCCCGGGCCGGCCGGCGGCCAUCAUUACGGCACCGACAGUGGCCGGCACUACGGCACGAUCCAGCGCCGUACCGCGAGCCCCUCGAACAUCAGGUACCGGCACAGCUUGACGGAGAACUAUCGGGACAUUUCGCCGCAGUGCGACCGGUACGUACCGCCGCCGGCCCACUUUCUCGGCGCCGACACCUACGGCUACCUCGGCUCGAACGUGCACACGCCGAUCAAGCGGUACGUGCCGACGCCACCGCCCCAGGAGUCACCCUAUCCGCCGCUGUCCGGCGCCGGCCCCUCGAACGCCAAAACGCAAGCCCUCAUGAUGAGCGCCCUGCUCGGCCAGGGCGCUGGGCUGCAUCUGGCCGGUUCCCAUCGUACCGGCGGCCCAUCCAACGCGCACCCCACUCCUUCGCAGCAGUAUGGGUACGCGGGCGCCAGCAGCACACUGCCGUACGGGUUUCGCGUCAAGAGCGGAGCGGGAAGCAGCAGUGGCCCCGAACCGACCACCAUAUCGCCGCCGAAGGGUUUCGAAACGCCCGACCACCAUUACGGCACCAGCAGCAGCAGCACACCGAUGACCGCCAGCAGCAACGGCAGCGGCAGCCUCAGCACACCGCCAGCCCGUGUUCGACCGCCCAAGUGCCCGGGGAGUACUAAUGGGGCAGCGCCACCACCAACGGCGCACAGCACCUCGACGCUGCCCCACGGCGCGGGUCAUGUGUCGCGCAGCAGCAGCCGCCACUCGCAAGGAUCCUCCAGCGUCGGUGGAGUUGGUGGCCUGAGCGUCAGUAGCAGCACCAGCAACGGCUACCGUAUGUCCCGCACGUCGUCGGCCGAGUUUUUGGACCAGCCACGGGCCGCAAGCUACCGCGUGUCGACCCCGGUCAGCGUGAUGAGCGAGCCGAACGCGGGCUCGAACGGGGGCAGCGCCUCCUGUCUGCACUGCAGCACACUGCGGCGCACGACCGGCGUCCACCAGACGACGCAAACGACCGGACCGAUCAGUCCGCAGCCAAAUGGGGGCCUGCCGGAGGGCGGCUGCCACUCGGUGCCGGCCAGCCCGGCCUCACUCACCUCACCCCAGCCACCAGCGGCGACCGGCGGUGGGAUCGUGUCGUCACCCCACGCACAGCACCAGCACCAUCUGCUUGCAGCACAGUAUGGCCAGCAAGCGCAACAGCAGCACCUUCCACCGCAAGUUCAAGCCACAAUCGCACAAUCGCAACACUCCCAGACGUACGACACGGAGGGUGGGGUAGGCGCGUCCCCCCUGGACGGAGGCGCUACGAUCCCCCGGAACGCGGCCAAGCACCAGUUUGGCCAGUCGGGCCCGGCGAGGAACGAGCCACCGUCGAUGGAAAGUCUGCUCAGUGCCAGCAGCAGCCGAUCGUUGUUGAUGCAGCAACAAUACGCCCUACAGCAACCGCUCCCAUCCCAGGCGGGUGGGCCCACUGCAAACCAGCAGCAAGCGGUGGCACCACAGCAACAACCACCACCACCAUCAGCUUCCUCCCUGCAGCCGCCGACCGCGUCUAGUGCGUCCGGCACGCCCGUAAUGCCGCAACCAGCCAGCCAACCCUCGCAGCAACAGCAAUCCGUACCACCGCCACAGCAACUGACCAGCCCCACGGAGCCACACACGUCGCAGCACCAACCGGCGGCACCGGUCCCCUCGCCACAACCGACAGCACCGGCCGUACCGCCACCACCGACCCUCAUGAUGUCCUCCCAGCAACCGAUGUCGUCCUCACCGGCCUGCGUGCCGUACGCCAUGGCAGCGCACGUGCUACCGCCACCGCCGCAGCACGCCGCCGGAUCGCUGAACGAUUCGCCCGCUUCCACGCUGCAGCGCAGCAGCAAUGCGCAGCUGCUGCGCAUCCCGCAGAGCAAUCUGUCGUGCAAGCAGCGCGCCAAGGAGUACGUGCGGCGCGAGACGGCCAAAUUCUUCGGCGUGCCGAUCCAGGACGAGGAGUACGAGCGGACCAAGUGGGAGGACCGGCAGCGGCGGUUCGCCUGCCGCCGGUUCGGCUCGCUGCGCGACGAUUACGAUGGGCGCGAGGUCAUGGUUGGGCCGGGUCAUCCUGGGGAUGGCGGGGCGCAUCACCAUCCUCACCACCACCAUCACCAUCAUCAUGGGCAUCAGCCGGGCGUACCGUUGCCACCGUCCGACCGGCCCGACAUACUGCCCGCCCAGAGCCAGGACGAGCGGGAAACGGAGCUGAGCAGGCGGCAGCGUGCCAACCCGCACUACGCCUCCGCCCAGGACCGGCAGGGCGGGGACGUGUAUCUGAUACGGGCGGAGCGGAAACCCUCCGUACCGGCGGUCAUUUGCAGCGGGUUGCGCUUCCUGGUGCAGAGCAUUACGCGGCGGCGGCUGCGCACACAGCACCAGUGGUCGCGUAGCUUUGCGCCGGCCCACGUUGAGCUGACGGGGACGGAUGGGACCGACGGGUCGGAGGUGCACUGUGACGGGUUGGCUCCGCUGCAGGACGGGGAAGCAUUUUUCGACACACCGACGGCACAGAUCGGACCGGUGGAGCGGGCGGGCGGCCAGCAGCUGCAGCAGGUACACGACAACUCCCGCCAGCUGUUCGUGUCGGACGGGGAUCGGGCGACGGGCAGUGGGAUCAUUAACGGGUGGCGAACCAAAUCGGCGGAACUGCACCAUCACCACCAGCAGCAGCAACAGGCGGCAGCGGUUCAGGCCGGUCAGCAGGGCCAGCAAGGAGCGGUACUGCAGGAGCAGGCUGGCCACGGUGCGGCCGGCGGAAUCUACGGACAGCGCAUCUCCUCCCACAUCCUGGACGGUGUGCUGGACAACUCGCUGCGGCCGGUGCGCAACCGGGUGAAGCUGCUGCGGCCGAACCUGCUCGACGAGCGGUACGACUAUCGGCCGUUCUUCACCUACUGGAUCAACACGGUGCAGAUCGUGGUGAUGAUCCUGUCGCUGAUCUGCUACGGCUUCGGUCCGAUCGGGCUCGGUAUGGAGUACCGGUCGGCUCAGGUGCUCGUCACAAGCUUAAGCUUGCAGCAGGUACACCAUCAGGAACCGCGCAACAUUUGGAUCGGGCUGCGGAGCGCGGACCUGAUACAUCUCGGCGCCAAGUACGGGGCGUGCAUGCGGCGCGACACCAAGAUACUGGACGUGGUGUCGCGGACCCGGAAGCACGAGCGAGAAACGGCCUGCUGCAUACGGAACGACGAUUCUGGCUGCGUGCAGAGCUCUCAGGCGGACUGCUCCAUCCGGGGAUGGCCCUCGAAAACGAUCGCCACUUGGAAGAAGUGGUCACCGGGCGAAUCUGGCCCGGGCGGCCGCAUCUCCGGCAGCGUCUGCGGGCUCGACCCAAAGUACUGCGACGCUCCAGCCUCGAUCGCACCGCACGAGUGGCCGGACGACAUCACCAAGUGGCCGAUCUGCCGGAAGAACAACCAGCUGUCGCAGCGGUUCCGCUUCAAGGAUCACACCGCCGAACACAUGGUGUGCGAGGUGAUUGGCCACCCGUGCUGCAUCGGCGUGUACGGCGAGUGCCGCAUCACGACCAGAGAAUACUGUGAUUUUGUGCACGGGUACUUUCACGAGGAGGCGUCCCUCUGCUCGCAGGUCUCGUGCUUGAACGAUGUGUGCGGCAUGUUCCAUUUCAUGGCCGUCGACUACCCGGACCAGUUCUAUCGGCUCUUCACGUCGCUUCUACUGCACGCCGGGCUCAUCCAUCUGAUCGUCAGUGUCGCCUUCCAGCAUCUGCUGUUGGCCGAUCUGGAGCGCCUGAUCGGGCCGCUGCGCACGGCCAUCCUGUACAUUGGGUCGGGCAUUGCCGGGAAUCUGACGAGCGCCAUCUUUGUGCCGUACAAGGCGGAGGUCGGACCGCUACCGUCAAUUGCGGGCGUGCUGGCAUCGCUGAUGCUGCAGCUCGUACUGUGCCACUGGAAGAGCUUGAAAAAACCACACCUAGCUAUGAUCAAAUUGCUUACCCUCGGCUGCACCCUGUUCGGGCUGGGGACACUGCCACUGCAGCAGAACUUUACCGGGCUGAUCGCCGGCCUGCUGACCGGUAUAGCGCUCACGCUAGCAUUUGUACCAUUUGUGAACGUAACGAAACAUAGUCGUAAGAGUAAGAUCAACCUCAUCUGGACGUGCGUGACGCUACAGUUUGUGCUGUACGCGGUCAUGUUCAUCAUCUUCUACGCCUUCCCGACGCUGUUCGAGUCGCUCAACUUUAUCGACGGCAACCAACUGCUGGACCCGAACGCGGGCCACGGCUACCACGACCAUUACAGCCUGUACGAUGGGUACAACAACUACAAUCCGCUCGGUGGCGGUGGCGCUCCCACCGGUGGCCAUACACCGGGCGGGGGCCAGCACAACCAUGCGCACGGAUCGGGCAUUGGUGGUGGUGGUGGUGGUGGCAAUGGUGGAAAUCAUAUUAUCGGUACGUACAACAACAAUUACAAAUCUUCCGGCGGCGGCGGCGGUGGCAAUGUAAUGCACAAUCAUCACGAUUACACUGGCGGUGGUGGUGGGACUGGCGGUCCUACGAAUCGGAAUGUUGGCGGUGCUGGUGGAUCGGGCCGCGGCAGCUCGGCCGGCAACAAUCUGCUGAAAACGAUCAGCCUGUGCGAGAAGGGCCAGUGCGUGGUGAGGCAGCCGCGCCAGACGGACACGAAUGCAUGACGGCGAUGUUUUCUGCUCUUCACCGCGCUCGAGCUGUGCUUCGUCCUGCUCGUGCUGCUCGUGCUGUACGAUGUGGACGACUUUCAGAUAGUGUAUCAGUUUGUGCUGCAUUGAGCUUCUAUUUCUUCUUCUUCUUCUUUUUAAAAAAAAAUGGAGGAAUGUGCAAAUCGUAGGUAACGUAGAAGAACACAGGGUAAGGACAUUUGUUUUCCCCCAUAUGUAAGCAGCAGCAGCAGCAGCAACUCAUUGUGAUCCAAAGCAAGAAAGACAAAAAAAGCCCGUUAGUAGUGCGAGUUCAGGUGCGUCCCAUUUAGUCAGGUCACCCUCCCCCCCCAGCGAAAGGAAGCUCUCACUGCAAAAACACACAUAAGAAGAAGAGGAAGAAAAAGUGACCCAUAUUGUUACAACAAAUGUGCAAAAAAUGUGCAAUUUCACUGCGACUGCGAACGUUGAACGCGAGAGGUGCAAGUUAGCAAAACAGAACAAACGAAACACGAAGUACGCGGAAUUGUGAAUCAUGACCAAUCAACACACACGGCUCCAACAAUCAUAAUCAUCAUCAUCAUCGUAUCAUUCUUAUCAAUCGUUCGUAGCGUAUUUAUCACCUCUAAUUAUAUCCAUACCAGCAUCAUCAUCAUUACUAAGACGUACAUGAAUAUAGUUACUUUAAGUAAUACUCAUCGCCAGCAUAGCUAACGAAUCAAAACAAGAAAGCGCCCAAAACAGACGAAAGUAAAGGGAUCUUGCUGCUCCCAUGCUUUCGGUUUAAUGCUGCCCGUUUCCGUCCCUUGCCGGGCCUGGGUUGUUGGGACAGUGUAAGUUGCGUUUAGACGUUUUUUACCACAAACGAGACGGAAAAAAGGGGAAAUUUGUUAGUAGCGAGAAAGGUAGACACCUGGUUCCUUUUUCCAUUUGUUUAAAAGUCAUAUACGCCCUUGUUGAACUGGAUUGUGCGUUAUUAACCCACUUAAUUGUUACUGUUAUCUGCGUUUAUGCUUCUAGUUUUUUGUUUUUGUUUGCCAUACACAUAUCUCAUCCUUUACUUUGUCCGACCAUUUUCAUAAAACACCAGCAGUCCGUGUUCCGGUUUUGGCCGCGCGAAGCGGCCGCCUGUUUGCUUGCUUACGGUGAAGCAAAGAGGGGCAAACAUGUGGCAAACUCUGUAGUUGAUGGCGGGAUAACACGUAAACAUAAAAUAAGAAAAAACAAAACAAAACUGUAGCAUUUAUGAAAGUAUGACAACAACAAAACGCCCAUGCUGCAAGACUCGUCUGGGUGUGACAAAUUUAUGAAAAAAGGAAAAAAAAUGAUAAAUCCCCGUCAUGCGCCCGACACUACCGCCGUGGGAUGGAAGUGGACUAGAAGGCCGAGACGGAGUUUUUUGAAUGCCCGCUAAUCAAGCCCGUAAUCUAGUAAUAAAACACAUUAGCAAACAUUAUCCAGUACAGAGGAAUACAACAAAGAAAGAACCCGAUGAAAAAGAGAGAGAAAAGAAACACAAAAACAAAAAACGAAGAAAAAGAGCUAAAAUAUACACAAUUAAUAACGAAAAGAAAGAAGAGAAGAGAAACAAACAAAAACACACAGACACCCAUAAAACAACAAACCACAGAAAGCGAACAGCAAACUAAAUAAGAAGCGAACAGAUACACAAAGCAAGAAAACAAACAAACACACACACACAAUCUAGGCAAAACCGUAUUGUAAUAACACUCUAGAUAAGCGAUACCCCAAUUCUUAGAAUUGUCCCCUCAGUUAGUGAAAAUGAAAAGGAAAGUAAUGAACGAAACAAAAGAGCAAAAAAAAACGCAGGAAACCCCCCGCAGAGGAAAUGGACGACAACGGUACACAUUCACAGUAAACACACACACACACUCACACAAGCAAAAGCAAAGUAAUUGAUAAAACCAACACACACACACACACAAAAACG